AUAAAACAAGUGUUUACGCUUUGUCAGGCCAAGUUCGAAGUCUCUACUCGUACGCAAUGAAUUUUAACGACAAAGUUAUUUUUGUGACCGGCGGUAGUUCUGGCAUUGGGGCAGCUAUUGCCGUCAAAUUUGCAGCCCAUGGUGCCAAAGUAGCAAUAGUCGGAAGAAAUGAGACCAAACUGAAAAACGUGAGUGUAGAAUGCGAACGCAGUGGCAGCAAACCACUUAUUAUAAUAGCAGACGUUGCGAGGGACGGCGAUGCUGACAAAGCAAUAAGUGCCACUAUCACACAUUUCGGAAAAAUCGACGUCCUCGUCAACAAUGCCGGCAUUACUGGAUAUUCUAGUAUUGUGACAAACGAUACGAUGGUCUUGUUUGAUCGAAUCAUGUCUGUGAAUCUACGAGCAGCUGUCUUCAUCACACACCUCACGGUGCCGUAUCUUAUAGAAACUAAAGGCAACAUUAUUAACGUUUCCAGUAUUGCUUCCACAUGCGCAUUAUCUAAAGGUCAUUAUGCCUAUUGUACGUCGAAAGCAGCUUUGGACCACUUUUCAAGGUGUAUUGCUUUGGAACUAGCUCCCCAAGGGGUUCGUGUCAAUACUGUUAAUCCAGGACCUGUGAAAACUGAUAUUAUCGAAAAUACGGGAACACCUGAAGCCUUCUUAGGUGAUGUAUGGGAGAAAUAUAAAAAUAUUAUGCCGCUUAAAAGAAUUGGGGAACCUGAAGAAAUUGCUGACCUUGUGAUGUUUUUAGCAAGUGAUAAAGCUAGGGGCAUUACUGGCGGUUCGUUUAUUUCUGAUAAUGGAACUCUUUUGAGAGGCUCGUUGGAAUAGUUACCCGCGUAUAAUAGAUCUGGGCGGCAUUAUUAUUUUAAUAAUUAAUUGUUUUUACGAAAAUGUAAUUUCAUGUUAAUUAAAUGUGAAUUAUAUUAAUGUUAAGUAGUAGUUGUUUUAAUAAUUUAUUCCAUAUAUCAUACUAAUUACUGUUAGGGAUUGUAUUAAUAAUUUUAGCAAGCUGAAGAAAAUCUUUUUUUUAUACUGGUAAAUGGUUUUUCUUAAGUAAACAAUGCAUAAAUAUUUGGUAGUAAGCUGCGGUGGGAUUGGAUUGUAGGAGGCGUAACAUUGUAUAAAUAAAAUAACUUGCUAAUCUUUAUGGCGGUCCAUUCAAGUCAAUAAUAUCGUGAUAACUUUUAAACUAUUCAGCCAAAUAACUUAGUGUAAAAGACAAAGUUUAUCUACUGUUAGCAUAAAAUAUUUUUGUGAGGGUAUUUGUAACGCUUUUUGCAAUCAGCUUUCUAGCACUACAUUAAAUACUUAAAGCGAGAAUGUAUUUAUGUUGAUAAGACUUUAAUAAAUAUUCUAAAAUGUGUGUUGUAAAAAGAGGAUCCGAUUUAAUUAUAGGUCAUUAUUUUGGUCAUAGCGACUUCCGCAUAAAAGAUAAAUAUACGCUG